UGAACUUAUCAUUUCAUUGAACAAGCUGAAUUUUGAAGCUGAUUGGCUACCAUGCACAGCUGCACCAGAUUCUGAGUGCUCCCAUUUUAGUAAAUCUACCAUUUAUACUCUUCUAACCUCCCUGGCGGUAUUCCGAGUGUAGCUCGGGGUAAAGUUUCAGUACCAAAAGCGGUAACCCCGGGCUACACUCGGGCUUACCAUGCUGCGUUGCUCCAGCAUCUGUUCUUCACUUACCUUGUCCUGCGUUCCUGCGAUGUCCCUCCUGCAGUUUCCCCGGCCAUGUCCUCCGGCGUAUGCCGGCAUCUGUCAUCUGGUUCCCGUCCCCUGCGAGCGUCGGGACGUACGGGGGACGGAACUGGCGGGAAAUUUGAAAAUGACAAAAAGUGACAUUCACUAAAUACACUAA